GCCUAACAUGUGGGUUUGUUUACACUCUCAGACUGACAAGAUUGCACCGCCGGGACUCGCAUCUCCAUUUUGCAACUCACCAUGCCAGACAGAAGAAAAGACAUAUACGAAGGAGCCGUGGUUGUGGUGCAGAAAGGACCCUACAUGAAGACAUGUCGGGUUUCACAGGGAAGAUCUUUUGUAUUUGGUAAGAAAGGCGAAGGGCAGUUUACGCUGAAUCUUGAUGGAGCCUUGGGCUGUGCAUUCGGAUCCUCCUUCAAGAUGGAAAGAAUAUCAAACAAACUCUUCAAAAUCAUACAGAUUAAAGAGAACACCAAUAUGGAGGACAUUGUUAAGGAGAGUGGUGAGGACAAUCGCAAUAUUUGCGAUGACGGAAGAUCCCAGAAGCUGUCCCCAGAAGAGAUUAGUCAGCUGAAGGACUCGGGACUUACAGGGAAAGAGGUUAUUCAGACUCUUACUGAAAACAGUUUAACAUUUAAGAGCAAGACAAAGUUUUCACAAGAGAAGUAUGUCAAUAAGAAGCAGAGAAAAUAUGACGAAGUGAUCACUCUGCAGAGACCAUCAUUGCGUCUCUUAAACAACAUGUACUAUACCCAGGACCCUCUCAAGAUUGCGAAUCUUCGCAUAGACAUGUUAUCACAGAUAUUAUGCUAUGCCAAUGUGCAGUCUGGUGGACGCUUUGCAGUAUUCGAGUCAGGCAGUCAGGGCCUAGUGACCGCUGGCAUGUUACACAGAAUGGGAACAACUGGAAAGCUAGUGCAGGUUUAUCAGGGGUACCAUCCACAGAGGGAGGCAGUAGAUCUAAUGAACUUCACAGAACAAGAGCUGGAAGUUCUGUCUUUCAUUAACUUCUCCAAGCUGCCAGACCUGGAUCUGGAAAGUUUGAAGAAUGGAAAAGAAUCUCAGACAAGAAGUGCAGCCAAAACUGAGGUAAUAGCCGAAAACAGAGAAAAAGCAUCUGAGGACAUUAAAGUAGAAGCGAAAGAGAGCAACGGAGAGUCAGAAAAGAUGUGUGUCGAUGAAGAAAUGAAGAAGGUCCCAGCCGAAGCUCCCAAGGAAGGCGCGGGCGAUGAGGACAAUAACAAGUCGGCCUUCAAGAGACCUCGGAAGUUUGUCAGAACUCUGGUAGAAGACGUAGAAGUAUCUUCCUCCGUGCUAGGUGGACAAAUUGAUGGCCUGGUUGUAGUUUGUCGACAGCAUCCUGUUAAUAUCACCAGAGAGUUGCUCGAGUUCCUGAAGCCAGGCCACCCGUUUGUGGUGUUUUCCCCGUAUAAAGAGCCACUGAUGGAUCUCUUUAUGGAAGUGAAGGCCCAAGGAGCUACAAAUCUGAGACUGAGUGAGACGUGGUUGCGGCACUAUCAGGUCCUGCCCAUGAGGACACACCCAGAGAUAAACAUGUCAGGAGGCGGCGGCUACAUUUUAUGUGGCGCAAGAGUUAUGAGUCAGUAGCAGUGCAAGAAAAAUAAUAAAAGGAAAACUAAUUAAGAUAUAUUUUGAUAGGAAACCAGUAGUGCCAGCAUUCUUGACAAUAAUGUAAAUUUUGGUAAAUAUUUUGUACCUUCUAAAUAUCUCUUUCUUCAGACCUUUUUUUUUUUUUUUUCAUUAUUUGUUUUUAUCAUCUUUACAUACAUUCGAAUAUAUUAUGUAUGGAAUUAUAUUUAUACAUAUUUGUAAAUAAAUGACUAUAUGAAUAUGUAGUUAUGUGAGUUACUUUUUGUAUGAGUUUAUAAAAAAAAAAAAGAGCAGUGUGCUAAGUGCCUGUUAUUUUCUGCUCACUUGUAAAUAAAGUGGAAAUUGUUGGUUCUACAUUCCAAAAAAGGAACUUUUAAUCUUUCAUCACUUGUUAAAUUUUUUAUGUAUUAGUGCGGAGAAAGAUAGAACUGUAUAUUUGUCAGUAUUAAAAUUUUCAGACAACA